UCCGCUCCCCUCCUCUCUUUACCCCUAAUCUCCUUUUCGGCCGGAAAAUUUCUGUUACCAGCCACUUUCCGACCUAAUUGAUUUCGCAGUGGAAGGCAUUUUCCUGGAAAUUUUUUUAUAACAGAGCUGCUAGCAACGAACCGAUAACCUGCUAGAAAUUUGUCUUUUGUUGUUUAAUUUUUUCACCGAGGGAAGUAGUGUGGUUUCGAUUUAUCUGAAGAAACUACAAUUCUCGAGUAUGGUGGAAUCGAGGGUUUACUAGACAAGUAUUGGCGGUGAAUGGAGUCUGGGGAGAUAAAAUGGUGUGACCGCGACUUCAAUUGCAACGAUCCUUCGAUGAUGGAGAAGCGAAAAUGUAAUGAGCUUGAGGAAGAAACCUGCCUCUCCACCCAAGGGGUUAUCGUGACACAAAAUGCCCGUGUAGAGCUAGGAAAUGAGUGUACAGCACUCCGUGAGAUGGUGAUCAGCCAGCAGCAGACCAUUGAGGACCUAAUUUCUGAGUUGGAGGAGGAGAGGAAUGCUGCGUCCACGGCUGCCAAUGAAGCUCUCUCGAUGAUCCUGAGGCUUCAGAAGGAUAAAGCAGAGAUUCAGAUGGAAUUAAGGCAGUUCAAGAGGUUUGCAGAAGAGAAAAUGGCUCAUGAUCAGCAAGAGACGUUGGGAUUGGAGGAUAUGUUGUAUAAGAGAGAGGAGGCCAUACAGUCACUUUCAUGUGAGAUUGAGGCUUAUAGACACAAGAUGAUGAGUUAUGGGCUCUCAGAGACUGAAGUUGAUGGAGUCGUCCAGGCUAUGACCCGGAAUUUCAGCAUGAUUGAGGACAUCGAAGGUCAAUUUGACUAUGUAAAUGAGAUGUACCCUCCUCUCCGGUGCAAUUUGAAUGAAUCACAAACCUAUCCAAAUGGUGAUGAUGAAAUGCCUGAUAUUGAGAAAUAUGCAUUUGGGGAAAAUCCACAUUCAAGUGACCAAUUGAAAGAUUUGGAGUGUCGAAUCAAUCAAUUGGAGAAAAGUCCAAGAGCCAUUUAUCCUGAUGGGGAACCAGUUAAUUCAAAGAAUGUGCUUGAAAAAGUAAUCGUUGGCCAUUCUCCAAGAGCUAUGAGCGCAAGGAAUGGCCCACAGUCGCCUUUUGCAAUGGCUAAAGAAAAAGGCCCAGAGUUUUCCAGGUAUUAUUCUCCAAGGUUUGCCAACAGCUUCAAGAAAUCUGUAUUUUCCUAUAUUGAGGAGAAUCCUAGGAAGGCAGAUUAUGCAUCAGAAUAUGGAGAUGAAUCGUGCGACAGAGUCUGCACAAUUGAUUCUGUUCAACAGGGACCUUUCAAUAAUCGAGCAAUGAGUUGCAAUGCUUCUUUUGCUGGUGGUGAUAAAUAUAUGGGAACUCUGAAGGAGUUGAAUAUUUCCAGUUCUAGAGACCUUGAGAUUCAAAAGUUAUAUGCAAGACUUCAUGCUCUUGAGGCUGAUAGAGAGUCUAUGAGACAAGCCAUUAUCUCCAUGGGGACUGAGAAAGCACAAGUAGUACUGUUGAAGGAGAUAGCACAGAACUUGUGCAAAGAAAUGUCUCCAAAGCAUACGCCCUUGAGGAAGCAAUUGGAGACUAGGAAAAUUUCCUUCAUGUCAAUAUUCAAGUGGAUUGUUCCUAUUUUUAGCUGGAGGAAAAGAGGCCGAAGAGCCAGGUAUAUGUUCGGUUUAUCAGCCAACAACAUUGGCAUGCUAGUGCUUUUAGACCGAAGUCCUCGUGUGGGGUUAUGGAGGCAUCAUUUCAUUACAAAUUCGCAAAACUAAAUGGAGAUUAUCAAAAUGGAUGUAGUUUUUUCUUCAAGUCCUAGUUGCAGCUGGAUUGAUCGGGUGCUUGAUAGCCAUUGUUCGACUUUACUUACAUUCUUUUAGUGAUCUUGUCAGUUGUCAAAUAGUAUAUGAAUACUGUCUCUCCUUAGCAAUGUCAGUCUC